CGUCGCUCCUGUUGAUCUCCGACGACUUCGACUACGACCUGACACAUUCCAAACAAUGCGAUAGAACCGUCUGGAGGACACUCUUCGCUCAUCGUUACAUCGGCAAUUUAGCCAAAGGAGACUCGGCAAGAGAGAGAAUACACCGCGGCGUCGAGGAGAAUGGCAGCCAUACAUCGGGAAGCGAUACAGAAACAGAUUCAACAGGACUGGGCUAACCGCGAAUACAUAGAAGUUAUCACUGGCAGCAUUAAGAAGAUUACGGAUUUUCUCAAUUCCUUUGAUAUGUCUUGUAGAUCGAGGAUAGCGGUCCUCAACGAAAAGCUCACGACCCUCGAACGGAGAAUCGAGUAUCUCGAGGCAUGCGUCACAAAGGGUGAAACGCUAACGUAAUACUUCCACGUGUCGGCUCUACGACGUCCUUUUUACAAUCCUUUUUAUUUCCUGUACUAGAACUUGAAUAAAUACAUGACGAAAGAUA